AUGGAUACUGAAGCUGACGCCGCGCCUGAGCUACUAUUUCGCCCUGCAAAGCGACGCAAAUUCAUUCCACGCCGCAUUAAUGACACGAACCCCAGCGCCGCUAGCGAAGCCGCCACUCCCAGCAGAAAUGACAACCAAACUCCUGAAGCCCUGUCCACAGGGGACGAAGAUCAGACCGCAGAGCCUACAAAUGUCGUUCGUUUACGGCGCCCGCAGCAAUCUCGAAAAGGAGGCAUAGGGUUCUCCACCACUUCGCGAUCCAAGGACGGCAAUCGACAGACGGCGUUGGCAUCUGCAGAUGAAAUGGAGACGGACAGAAUUCAGGCAAUGUGUGAUCGGUUUACCACAUAUACUGGGCAGUCAGAGGAUGUGGACAAGCACAUGUAUGAAGCCUUACUUUGCGUGACGCAGCCCGUUCAAAUCCAGACUAACAAGAUAAGGAUGGCCUUUAUAGAUUCCGAGAUGGCUAAGCGAUCCCAACGCAGCCCACUACCAGACAAUUCCGAAGCCUAUCAAUCGGCUGAUACACAGAAUGCUAGCGAACUGUCAAUACAUGAACAGCAGCGGGCGCCCGCCUCGCUGGGCAAGCUACAUGAAAUCGACCUUGGCCAGGAGACAACAAUGCAGAAUAUUGCGCGCACCGAAGCUGCCCGGAAACGAUUGGCUGGUGACGAAGACUCUUCCAAUCCCGGCGAGUCUGAACCCCAGGCCGGCCGUUCUGGCCCUCAAAAACCAUGGCGCAACCGCAAGCGACGCACCAGCGCUGACAUCGAACGCGACCGCCUUGUGGACGAGGUCAUGCGUGAAAGCCGACUGGAUAUCUAUGAUGAACCGGAGGAAGAAGUGCUACCGGAUGAUCAAGCGGCGGAUGACCGCAUUGCCGAAAAGUUCCGUCAAGACUUCAUGGAUGCCAUUCAAUCCCGGCGACGGGUUCGGACAACCCGCCCCACAGCUGAGAAGACAGAAGCUCCCAAGGGACCUAAGUUGGGUGGAAGCCGCAGUGCAAGAGCUGCGAUGCGAGAGAUGCAGAGCAAGACCGGGCAGAAAUGA